GGGAGGGGAGAGGAAGGGAAGGGAAGGGAAGGAGGAGGAGCGAAGCAGCAAUCGGCAUUUCGAGUCCGUCUGUCAGCUGUCGAGAUGGCGUCGAGUGUGCCCGUCGUUGAGAGAGUGAAGCUCGGAUCGCAGGGAUUCGAGGUUUCGAAGCAGGGAUUAGGAUGUAUGUCGAUGUCGGCCUUUUAUGGUGCCCCGAAACCGGAGCCUGAGAUGAUCGAACUCAUCCGUCACGCCGUGGACAUUGGCGUCACGUUCUUCGAUACGUCUGAUGCUUAUGGGCCUCAUACAAAUGAAGUCCUUCUUGGCAAGGCCUUUAAAGGUAUCAGGGACAAAGUUCAGAUUGCCACAAAAUUUGCUUUCUAUGCAGACCCCGUAACUGGAGUCAGGACAGUCAGAAAUGAUCCACCGUACAUUCGUGAAUGUCUUGAAGGAAGUUUGAAACGGCUCGAUGUUGACUACAUUGAUCUUUACUACAUGCAUCGUGUGGAUAAAAGUGUACCUAUUGAAAUCAGUAUUGGGGAAAUGAAGAAGUUUGUCGAAGAGGGUAAAGUGAAGUAUCUGGGAAUGUCGGAGGCAUCUGCUUCAGACAUUCGUAGAGCUCAUGCAGUGCAUCCAAUUACCGCUAUUCAGCUGGAAUAUUCCCUCUGGUCUCGUGAUGUGGAAGAAGAUGUGAUCCCAACUUGCAGGGAGUUGGGAAUCGGAAUUGUCCCUUACAGUCCGCUUGGACGAGGUUUUUUCUCUGGAGUGCAAGUCGAUAAAUUGGAGGACAAUGACUUCCGAAAGACUGUUGUGCCGAGGUUACUGCCAGCAAACCUUGAAAAAAAUCAGGUAUUCUAUGAACGCCUUGUCGAGAUCGGCAAGAAGCAUGGCAGGACUUCAGGGCAGGUAGCCCUGGCCUGGGUGCACCAUCAAGGUGCCGAUGUUGUGCCAAUUCCCGGCACGACGAAAGCGAAGAAUCUGGAGGAGAAUGUCGGUGCUCUUUCGAUAAAAUUUAGCAAAGAGGAGUUGGCAGAAAUCGAAGCUGCUGUUCCAGUUGAAGAGGUUGCAGGGGACAGGUAUGGGGCAGGUGCCAUGGAAAUGACCUGGCGCUAUGUUCAAACCAUCCCUCUGUCAGAAUGGAAAGCUUGACCUGUAAGACUAUGUGUAUAGACAUUUAUCAGCACUCGAGGCCGAUAUAAAUUGAAACCGGUAAAAGUCUCGAUGACAACCUAACUCUAGAUAAUGUAGAUAUUGCUGUCACAUCUGUGCACUUUCUGCAUUGUGUAUCGAGAUAAGGAAUCGGUCUUCCAGACUUACAUACGUAGUUGAAAUAAAAAUUGCUUUGACCAUGUCAGAAUCACCAUAGAUUCACUCAUGUACAGUAUACACGGAACAGGGAGAUUAUCCAACUCCAUUAUUCAAUUACUCGUCUUUCAUCAAUCAGUCUUGGACGUUUUUCCUAGAGUUUUGAAGUUAUUAUGACGUUGCUCGAAUUCACGG